UAAAGUCACUAGGAUCUUUAGCAGUUUGGAGAGACUGAGGGGCGUUGCCAUUCGCUGCGUGCACCGCCUUAAAGCGCGCUGCCCAGUCUCGCUCGCGAACCUGCGGGCUCUCCAAUUCGUGAGGAGGCGGGCAGCCCCUGAGCGGCGCGAUCAGGAAAAGAUUUCUGCUUGGAAAUUGAAUGGCUACUGGGAAAAUGAACAUUAGUAUUGAUUUGAAAACUAACUCUGCUGAGCUGAUUUUAGGUGUGGGAAGAGUCACUCUUGGGGAGAAGAAUAGGAAAAAAAUGAAAGAUUGUCAGCUUCGAAAAAAGCAGAAUGAAAACAUCUUACAAGCUAUGAUUGCUUUGCUGAAUUCUGGAGGGGGAGUGAUCAAGGCUGAAAUUGAGAAUGAAAACUAUAGCUACCCAAAAGAUGGAAUAGGAUUAGAUUUGGAAAGUUCUGUUGGAAAUAUUCUUCCAUCUGUUCAUAAAUACCUAGACUUUAUGCAGCAAGGUGAAUAUUUUCUAAUUUUUGUCAAAUCAUGGAGCUCAAAAACCUCUGGUUUACGGAUUGCCACCUUGAAGUCGAAUUUGUACAAAAGGGAUGUAACAUGUACAAAUAUCAUGGAUGCCACUGCUACAAUGGAGUUCCUCACAGACAAGAACAAAACUAAGGGGAGAUUGUAUAGAUCUAAAUUGUCUCCAAAGCAGAAUGCACAAGUAGAGAGUAACGUGAAGGCCUUGGCUGAUGACUUUUUUAACAGGACACAACUUAGGUACAGAGAAAAACUCCCCUUUACUGAAUCCACACAUGUUGAAAUGAAAGCCUUCUCAACAGACAAGUUGUUACAACGCAUUAAAGAGAUUCUCCCUCAAUAUAUUUCUGCAUUUUCAAAUACUGAUGGGGGAUAUUUGUUUAUUGGUUUAAAUGGGGAUGAAGUAAUUGGCUUUAAAAGAGAAGUGAGUGAUCUUAACAAGUUAGUUUCAGAAAUAGAAAAAUCCAUUAGAAAGUUGCCUGUCUAUCACUUCUGUAAGGAGAAGAAAGAGAUAAACUAUGUAUGCAAAUUCCUUGAAGUAUAUGAUGAAGGGCAUCUUUGUGGAUAUGUCUGUGCCCUCAAAAUAGAGCCAUUCUGCUGUGCAGUGUUUGCUAAAGAGCCAGAAUCUUGGCAUGUGAAAGACAACAAUGUGCGACAAUUUACUAUGAAGGAAUGGAUUUCCAACAUGUUGCCUGCAAACCCAAGUGAGGAAGGGAGAUUAGGAAGGAGGCUCCAUAGGGCUAAGAUGGCAGAUUUUCCUGGGACAGAAAAGAUCAUCUUCCAACAACAAAUAUCAUCGCCAUUAUACUGUAGUAAAUCUGUUUAGAAUUUGGAAAAUGAGCAGCUGAGAUAUCACUUUCCAGGACACUGGGAUCAUGACCUGAACCGAAGGCAGACUCUUAACAACUGAGCCACCCAGGCGCCCCAGUUUGGUUCAUUCUUUUCCAGUAUUUGUUAUUUCUUUUCUUUCAACCAGUGCUUUUCUAAGAUUGUGAAAUAUGGCUACAGAAAUGCACAUGAAACUAAAUGAACAAUAUAAUGAAACAGUUGUGUAUAAAUAGCUGUAUAUCUAUCACCCAAAUCAGAAAAUAAAUCAUUAGUAGCACCCUAAAAAUCUCCUGUGUUCUUUCCUGGUCACAUCCCCACCCUGGGUUACCUCCAUACUAAUUUUAUGCUAGUCACAUUUUCACCAUUCUUUAUAAUUUUAUCUUCUAUGUGCUCAUCCCUAAAAAUAUAGCUUUGUUUUGCUUAUUUUUGAACUUAUUAAAAUGGAACCACACUGUAUAUAUUAUUUUUGUGGUGCUUCUUCAUUCAAGAUUAUAUUUGUUAGAUGUUGUGUAUAGUUCAUUAAUCUUCCUUGCAAUAAAAUAUUCCUAUGU